AUGGGAUCUCUGCCACCGUCACACCUCGACAUCACCAAAGACAACCUCGAAACCCUCUUCAAAUCCCAACAAGACCUCCUCAACCACUUCUUCAAACACCUCUCCCUCUCCCAAACCCUCCCCUUCUCCCACCUCCUCCUCUCCAUCUCCGGCACCGUCUUCUUCACCGGCGUCGGCAAAUCCGCCUUCCUUCCCCUCCUCCUUCUCUCCCCUCUCGACGCCCUCCACGGCGACAUCACCUCCCUCUCCUCCUCCGACGUCCUCGUCCUCUUCAGCAAAUCCGGCGCCACCGAGGAGCUUCUCCGCCUCGUCCCCUGCGCUAAAGCCAGAGGAGUCUUCCUCGUGUCUCUCACCUCCGUUCCCGGGAACCCCCUCGCCGGAGUUUGCGAUAUGAACGUGCAUUUGCCGUUGCAGAGAGAGUUGUGUCCGUUUGAUCUCGCUCCGGUGACUUCCACGGCGAUUCAGAUGGUGUUUGGGGAUACGAUCGCCGUGGCGUUGAUGGCGGCCAGGAAUCUGACCAAGGAGGAGUAUGGAGCUAAUCAUCCUGCUGGGAGGAUUGGGAAGAGUUUGAUUUUUAAGGUUAAGGAUGUUAUGAAGAAGAAAGAGGAGCUUCCGGUUUGUAAAGAAGGAGACUUGAUUAUGGAUCAGUUGGUGGAGCUGACUAGCAAAGGGUGUGGGUGUUUGCUUGUGGUUGAUGAAGGUUAUUGUUUGAUUGGUACGUUCACAGAUGGUGAUCUUCGUCGGACUCUUAAAGAAAGUGGGGAAGGUAUCUUCAAACUUAGUGUUGGGGAAAUGUGCAACAGAUGA